AUGGCAUCCUACCACCGGGUGCUAGAAACCUUUGGCAGAUCGGUUCAGGACAAUACUUUGGAAUGUGACUGCGAUAUACACCCGUGGGAGAUCUCGAUCAAUGGAGAGCAAUGGGCGGGCAAAAUCCGGCUGAUUGGGUUUAUCGAUGUAUUCUUUCUCAUCUCCUACUCGGCCAACGCAAGAUUUGAGCAUGGGAUUAUUGUCUACAAGGAGAAUGGGGUCUUCGAAGCCGUUGCUGGGUACAAGACCGAUCGAUUGUUUUCCGGCAGGGAGGAAUCCAAACCAACCCAUGUUCUGCCCCAAGUCGAUCAGAACACAGAGGAUAGCGAGAUCUCCGAGACUGAAGAAGGUCCCGACAGUGCCCGACACCGACUCCCGAAGACGCCUGCAAGUCAUGGGGAAAAUUCCAGUCGCAUCAAUCAGCAGAAGGGCAGGCCCAACGACGGGCAGGAAGAUUCGGGUGGCGUUAUUGAGUUUUACAGAUCCAGUACGUUCACGACCAAGGGUCUGGGCCAUCAGAUCGGACUCAGGGCUACCUAUCGCAUGUCGUCUGUUCGCGAAUACACCGUCGAGAUCGUCAAGCAAUGCAAUGGGGCAUUGAACAAGCGUAUCCGACGCGGCAUAAAACCACAUAGCACCGCCGAGCUGAUGAAAGACGUCGUACGCUGCGGGAUCAUAACGCAAGGACAGCUAGCGGGUCACAUCAUCGAAGUUCUGCUUGCGGGCUCACGUCUCGACGACACAGCCAAGAAGUAUUUGGAAGAGUUGAAAUCAGGAAAUGAUGCAGGGAGACAUUUCUUGUCGAACGAAAGGACCUAA